AUGGCGGCCCUGGCCGCGGCGGGCAGCGCCCCUGAGGUUGCGGCCCUGGCCGCGGCGGGCAGCUUCGCCGGGCGCGUCGCCCUGGUGUCCGGCGGCGGCGGGGGCAUCGGCCGCGCCGCGGCGCUCGCCUUCGCCCGGGAGGGCGCCAGCGUGGCGGUGGCCGACGUCGACCUGGCCCUCGCGGAGGAGACCUGCUCCCUUGCCGGCGGGGCGCCGGGCCGCGCGGUGCCGUUCCGGUGCGACGUGGCGGCCGCGGAGGAGGCCCGGAAGAAGAGACACAGCAUUGCGCAGGGCAUCGAAUAG